AGGCUUACACAGAGUCACACUGGAUCAUACCUCGCACGAGUCACAGCGGAUUGUCUGAAACGCUUUGGAUUAGAGAAAAAGCUACAUACUCUUACUAUGGACAAUGCGAGUAAUUGUGAUGCGACGGCAGAGCACCUCGUGACCUUAAUUGAUGGGUUCCGUGGCAAGUUGUCCAGGUCUCGUUGCUUUCCACACACAGUGAACCUCAUAGCGAAAGUACGUGUUUCUUCUCCUGACUUCCUGUCUGCUCCAGGUAUGUGA